UGUGUCUGUGGACUUAGCCUGGCAGGAGGGGCCAGGUCUAAAUUGUAAUAAACAGAUUGAGCAUUUCCCAGCAUGACAGAAUCUAGGGUGUCUGCCUGCAGGGAAAGGGCCUGGGGGAAUUAUGAUGUGAAAUUAACUAAAACCGGUUCUGAAACGCCCACAACUGCCCUUCUCCCCCAGACAGGCUGCAGAAUGACGUCCAUGUUUUGCUCCAGCUCAUCCCAGCCUGGCGUGGGACAGGGAAGAGAAAUGGCUGCAGUGGAGUCAGUCCAGGUAGAGAUUAUCGGGGGGUUGCUGGUGGGUUCCUACUGGAGGAAAGGGAGAGCAAAUACACCAGAGGGGCCGGUGACCUUUGAGGAGGUGGCUGUGUAUUUCACCAGGGAAGAGUGGGCUCUGCUGGACCCCGCUCAGAGAGCCCUCUACUGGGAUGUCAUGCAGGAGAACUAUGAGACGGUGGUCUUGCUGAGCCAGAGAAUAACAUCCAUGUUUCGCUGCAGAUCAUCUCGUCCUCCCAGGGGCAAGGAAAUGGCUGCAAUGGAGCUGGCUCAGGGGCCGGUGACCUUCGAUGAGGUGGCUGUCUAUUUCUCCAGGGAAGAGGGGACUCUGCUGGACCCCACUCAGAGAGCCCUCUACAGGGAUGUCAUGCAGGAGAACUUUGAGACGAUGGUCUUGCUGGGUCAGGAUUCCUGUCCCUUCUGUUCUUGGAAGGGGAAAUGAAGAGUGAAGG